GGCGGGGAGGGCGGCGGGAGCGCACAGACACGCACACGCACACGCGCACACACAGACACACACUCCGGGGACGCACACCCGCGCGCACACACGCAGAGACAGCUCGCCUUCCUGCCUGGCUUCCUUCCUGUCUGCUCCACGCCUGACAGGCCCCUCACUGCAGCCAGGGGCCGCCCGCACCGGGCCGAGGCCGGGCCGGGCCGGCGGCGAGGACAGCGGGGGCCGCGGGCGGCGGCGGCGGCUCAUGCCCAGCCUGUCCCCGCGCGGGGCGGGCACCGUGACUUGGCUGGGCCCCCAGCGGCGGGCGAUGUGAAGAUGUCAGUGGGCUGUGCCUGUCCUGGCCUCACCCCUGCCAGGGCCCCUCUGGGCUCGCAGCCGCUCCCCGCACCUCUCCUGGCCCCCUCAGUUCUCCCAGGUUGUUCCUCAAAGUCAUUCAAGCUGUACUCACCCAAGGAGCCUCCGAACGGCAACGCCUUCCCCCCCUUCCAUCCCGGCACCAUGCUAGAUCGGGAUGUGGGCCCAACUCCCAUGUACCCGCCUACCUACCUGGAGCCUGGGAUUGGGAGGCACACACCAUAUGGCAACCAAACUGACUACAGGAUAUUCGAGCUUAACAAACGGCUUCAAAACUGGACAGAGGAGUGUGACAAUCUCUGGUGGGAUGCUUUCACGACUGAGUUCUUUGAGGAUGAUGCCAUGUUAACCAUCACUUUCUGCCUGGAGGAUGGACCAAAGAGAUAUACCAUUGGCCGGACCCUGAUCCCACGCUACUUCCGCAGCAUCUUUGAGGGGGGUGCUACGGAGCUCUACUAUGUACUUAAGCACCCCAAGGAGGCAUUCCACAGCAACUUUGUUUCCCUUGACUGUGACCAGGGCAGCAUGGUGACCCAGCAUGGCAAACCUAUGUUCACCCAGGUUUGUGUGGAGGGCCGGUUGUACCUGGAGUUCAUGUUUGAUGACAUGAUGCGGAUAAAAACGUGGCACUUCAGCAUCCGGCAGCACCGAGAGCUCAUCCCCCGCAGCAUCCUUGCCAUGCAUGCCCAGGACCCCCAGAUGUUGGAUCAGCUUUCCAAAAACAUCACCCGGUGUGGGCUGUCCAAUUCCACUCUCAACUACCUCCGACUCUGUGUGAUACUCGAGCCCAUGCAGGAGCUCAUGUCCCGCCACAAGACCUACAGCCUCAGCCCCCGUGACUGUCUCAAGACCUGCCUCUUCCAGAAGUGGCAGCGCAUGGUAGCACCCCCUGCGGAGCCUGCACGGCAGCAGCCCAGCAAGCGGCGGAAAAGGAAGAUGUCAGGGGGCAGCACCAUGAGCUCGGGGGGCGGCAACACCAACAACAGCAACAGCAAGAAGAAAAGCCCAGCCAGCACCUUCGCCCUCUCCAGCCAGGUACCUGAUGUGAUGGUGGUGGGGGAGCCCACCCUGAUGGGCGGGGAGUUCGGGGACGAGGACGAGAGGCUCAUCACCCGUCUGGAGAACACCCAGUUUGACGCGGCCAACGGCAUUGACGACGAGGACAGCUUUAACAACUCCCCUGCCCUGGGCGCCAACAGCCCCUGGAACAGCAAGCCUCCGUCCAGCCAAGAGAGCAAAUCGGAGAACCCCACGUCACAGGCCUCCCAGUAAAGGCUUUGCCAUGGCCACCGCCACCCAGCGCUCUGCCUGUCUGCCCCACCCCUCGAAGCCCCAGGGAGCAGAAGACAGAAUGAAGAGACUGAGCAUCUAAAAUGGGCAGCCUCAUCCACCCGCUUCAGGGAGGAACUGGACUCACUGGGGGCAGGUGCCAAGAUUUGCCCCCCCAGUGGCCCUGGGCUGGGGCUGGCCUCUGCAGAGCCUUUUGGGGAAGGGGGUACUCAUGUGGAUGCCUAUGUGGACCCUGGGCCUCUGAGAAAUGCCCUGACCACCUCCCAGGGCAUUUGCCUCCAUCCUCACCCCAGGUUCUGGGUUCCCUCAUCCUCCUGACUCCACCCUCUUCAAGCCUGGGGUUGUCUAUGCCCACAGCCCUUAGGGACUUAAAAGUUAUGGGGCUUGAUUGAAUGCCCCUCCUCCAAACCCUCCCCUUAGGUGGCUGGUAGUAGAGGGGUAAAGCUUUGGGCUCCUCCCUUCUGCCACCUAUCCCAGCUCCAAGUUUUUUAAAAAAUAAUAUUAUUAAAAAUGUAAGUU